AUGAAGGCUCCUCCCAAUGGUUACUUGCCUAAUUCUGGCGAAGGGGAAAGAAAGACCAUCAAUUCAGAGUUAUGGCAUGCCUGUGCUGGACCAUUGGUUUCCUUACCUCCUGCUGGAAGUCUCGUGGUUUACUUCCCUCAGGGACACAGUGAGCAAGUUGCAGCAUCCAUGCAAAAGGAGGCUGACUUCAUACCCAGUUACCCUAACCUUCCGUCCAAGUUGAUUUGCAUGCUUCACAAUGUUGCCUUGCAUGCUGAUCCUGAAACUGAUGAGGUCUAUGCACAGAUGACCCUUCAACCUGUAAAUAAAUAUGACAAGGAAGCAAUACUGGCAUCAGACAUGGGUCUAAAACAAAGCCAACAACCUACUGAAUUCUUUUGCAAAACCCUUACUGCCAGUGACACCAGCACUCAUGGUGGAUUUUCGGUGCCUCGUAGAGCAGCUGAAAAAAUAUUCCCACCUUUGGAUUUUUCAAUGCAACCUCCAGCUCAGGAGAUCGUUGCCAAAGAUUUGCAUGACAAUACAUGGACAUUUAGACAUAUUUAUCGAGGUCAACCAAAGAGGCAUCUAUUGACUACUGGUUGGAGUGUAUUUGUUAGCACAAAAAGACUGUUUGCUGGAGAUUCUGUCCUUUUCAUCAGAGAUGAAAAACAGCAACUCCUUUUAGGGAUAAAGCGAGCAAAUAGACAGCAACCAGCAUUAUCUUCAUCAGUAAUAUCCAGUGACAGCAUGCAUAUUGGCAUUCUUGCUGCUGCAGCUCAUGCAGCUUCAAAUAACAGUCCAUUCACUAUAUUUUAUAAUCCAAGGGCCAGCCCCUCUGAAUUUGUAAUUCCAUUGGCCAAGUAUAAUAAAGCCUUGUACAAUCAAGUUUCUCUUGGAAUGAGAUUCAGAAUGAUGUUUGAGACUGAGGAGUCAGGAGUACGUAGAUAUAUGGGUACAAUUACGGGGAUCAGUGACUUGGAUCCUGUCAGAUGGAAAAAUUCACAGUGGCGCAAUCUUCAGGUUGGAUGGGAUGAAUCAACAGCUGGUGAGCGCCCAAGCAGAGUUUCGAUUUGGGAUAUUGAACCUGUAGUAACUCCUUUCUACAUUUGUCCACCUCCAUUUUUUAGGCCCAAAUUCCCCAAACAACCAGGAAUGCCAGAAGAUGAGUCUGAUAUAGAAAAUGCUUUCAAGAGAGCUAUGCCCUGGCUUGGAGAUGACCUUGGCAUGAAGGAUGCCUCAAGUUCAAUCUUCCCUGGUUUGAGUUUAGUGCAAUGGAUGAGCAUGCAGCAGAAUAAUCAGUUUUCUGCUGCUCAAUCUGGUUUUAUACCCCCAUCCAUGCUUUCAUCUAAUACACUUCAUGGUAACCUUAACACUGAUGAUCCAUCCAAGUUAUUGAACUUUCAAGCCCCUGUCCUUACUGCUCAAAAUCUUCAAUUUAACAAACCUAAUUUACCAAACCAAGUGAACCAAUUGCAACAGUCCCCAACAUCAUGGCCUCCGCAGCAGCAGCAGCAGCAACAGCAGAAGCUGCAAUCAUUGUUGCAAACACCAUUAAACCAGCUCCAGCAGCAGCAGCAGCAACAGCAGUUGUCUGGACAACAAAACCUGCCACAGACACAGCAACAACAAACCCAACUACCUCAACAGAGAGCACAGCAGCCACAACAACCACAACAGCAGCAGCAACAACAACAACAGUCGUGUCAACAGACCAUUAUGAAUAAUGGAGCAGUUGCUGCUAACCAGAUUCCAAAUCAGUGUGUACAGUCACCAGUAACUUACUCACAGUUUCAGCAACAGCAAUUACUCCCAGGAAGUAUAUCACCCCAACAAAGUUUCCAAUCAGCUGGUAAGAAUCAAUUGCUAAUGACAUCCUUACCUCAAGACUCUCAGUUUCAGCAACAGAUAGACCAGCAAGCUAGUCUCUUACAGAGGCAGCAGCAGCAACAGACACAGUUACAACAGUCUCCAUUGCAGUUAUUGCAACAAAGCCUGUCACAAAGGGCGCCACAGCAACCACAGAUGACUCAAGUGUCGCAGCAAAAUACCUCAGAGCAGCAACCACAGUUACAGUUCCUACAGAAAUUGCAGCAGCAGCAACAACAACAACAGCAACUCCUUUCCACUUCUAGCUCACUUUUGCAGUCUCAGCUUCUAGAGCAACAAAAUACUCCCCAACAGAACCAGCAGUUACCACAGCUUCCUGUUUCACAGCAUCAGCCUCAACAGCUUGGCAACAGUGGAUUCUCAAUGGAGAAGCUUCUAAACGGCAAUAACUUUGCUUCUGCAGCUCUGAUGCAAACACAGCAGUUUCCUGUGAAUCAACCUCAUCAUGCUCAAAAAUCGCUUACUAAUACCAGAGCUCUCUCUACUCUUACAGAUGGAGAUGCCCCCUCAUGCUCAACUUCACCAUCUACUAAUAACUGCCAGGUAUCUACGCCAAACCUCCUGAAAAGAAAUCAACAAGUAACAGCUACAUUAGGAGGACCUUCAGUAGUUGAACCCACCAAUAACCUGAUGCAAGAGCUUCAAAGCAAGUCUGAAAUGCAGAUCAAACAUGAAGUACCCAGUGUAAGAGGACCUGAUCAGCUAAAGUAUAAAGGGACAAUGGCUGAUCAGCUGGAAACUUCUUCUGGAACAUCUUAUUGUAUUGAUCCUAAUAACAUCCACCAGAACUUCCCACUUCCAAACUUCUGCAUGGAUGGGGAUGUCCAAUCACACCCAAGAAAUAAUCUACCAUUUGGAUCAAAUCUUGAUGGAUUGACACCUGAUACUUUGCUCUCAAGGGGGUAUGAUUCUCAAAAAGAUCUUCAAAACUUGCUGUCCAAUUAUGGUAGUGCUCCAAGAGACAUUGAAACUGAGCUGUCUACUGCUGCCAUUAGUUCGCAGCCAUUUGGAGUGCCAAACAUGCCUUUUAAGCCUGGAUGCUCUAGUGAUAUUGCCAUCAAUGAUACUGGGGUUUUGAAUAACGGUUUGUGGGCUAAUCAGACUCAGAGGAUGCGAACUUACACUAAGGUUCAAAAAUGUGGUUCUGUCGGAAGAUGUAUUGAUGUCACUCGUUACAAGGGAUAUGAUGAACUCCGGCAUGAUUUGGCUCGGAUGUUUGGGAUUGAAGGGCAGCUAGAAGAUCCUCAAAGGACUGAGUGGAAACUGGUCUAUGUGGAUCAUGAAAACGACAUUCUUCUUGUCGGUGAUGACCCUUGGGAAGAAUUUGUAAGCUGUGUCCAGAGCAUAAAGAUAUUGUCAUCUGCUGAGGUUCAGCAAAUGAGCUUGGAUGGGGAUUUAGGUCAUGUUCCAAUUCCCAACCAAGCUUGUAGUGGGACAGAUAAUGGCAAUGCAUGGAGGGGACAGUAUGAGGAUAACUCUGCAGCCUCGUUUAAUAGAUAAAGGAUAUCUAGUACUGACAUUUUGGAGCAGUCAACUUGUAUAUUUUGAAAGAUGGAGGACUAACUUAACCCUUAUAAUUCUUGUUGGUGCUUCUUUGUAUCACAAGUGAAAGGACAUAUAUUCAUUGCAAAAGAUGCAGUUGAUGGGGUAGUGUAGAAGAGGUAACAAACAUACCUGCAUCUAAUUUUAUGUCAGCACAUGCUUUUAAUAGUAAGAGAGAAGUUUAGAUCCUUAGAUGUACCAAGACCAGAAUCCUUUACUGAAAAUGUUGGCAGAUUCUACUUCAGGAUCUGCUUUUCUUGUGGCCUCUAGUGCUUAGGAAAUUUUUUUUCUUUUCUUUCUUUUGGGCAAGGUAUAGCCGUAUAGGUCAGCUGGUGUAUAAUAUAUAUGAUUGUUCUUAUGUGAAGAAUAUGUUUUUCUUACACUUAUGUAAAUCUUGUGGUCGUUAAAUUUAGAUGAGGAAGUCAAAUAACCAAGUGAUGAAUGGGAGAAUCAACAUUACAUAUGCCAAUUCUAGCUUUUGUUCAAGUGCCCAGUUGUUUCCAUGGUGGCAAUUAUGGAGGGGUUUAUUAUGGAUGAAGAAAAGUAGGUUCUUUUUCGCGUUUUUGCACUUUUGGGUUUAGUGCGCUUUAGCUUGCAAUUAACUUCUUGCAUAUGUAAAUGAUGUCUUGAAGAGGCAACUUUGACCCAGUUCACUGCUUCAAGUGCUGUAUUAAAUAACGGUAUUGGCGAUUAUAUUCGUACACGAGAAAAUUAGGAGGAUAAACUUAAACAAUUAUAUAAUUUACUAUGUAUGUAGAUAUUAUGGUAAUUUUAAUAAUUGAAUUUUCAUAUAGUAAUAAUAACUUCAUAAUUUUCUUAUUAACGUGAUUCCUUCACUAAGAGAUUAAUUUUUACCCUAUUAUUUUACAUCUAAACUUUGACUUGCUUACGCAAGUCUACGAUGAGAUUGAAUCCUCAGUUUGAAAAAUAAUGGCACGUGAUAUUGAUAAUUCUCAGCUAUUUUAUAAUUAAAAGCUCACUAACAGUUAAAAAUAAUUUUUAAAAAAAAGUAAGAGUAUGUUUGAUUUCUCUUUUAAAAAGAGUUUUCUAUUUUUUUCUAUUUUAAAAAAGUAAGAAUCUUAUUUCCUUUUCAUUUUUCUUGUCAUUCUAAAUGAGGUUUUUCUCCCUUUUUUAUGAAAAAAACCAAACAGAUCAAAUCCUUUCCCUCUCAUUUGUUUUUUAUUUUUACUCUCCCUCGUUAUUCUUCUAGUAUAUUUUAGAGCUACUAAUGUUUCACUUGUUCAUGAAAUGGCUAUCAAUCAAUCUCAUUCCUAAUUAAUUAGUAAAUAACAGGUAAAAAAAAUUGUCGUCAUAGUCUCGAAGCAAUGCUACUCUCUUCCCUUUUGCACAAUUAGUAAUUUACUGAAAAUAUUCAAGUGCUGACGGCAACUAUCGUCGUGAAUAUUUAAAAAAAAAGAUUAUAUUCUACAAAUAUUAAUUACCCCUACUGUUCUACUUAGUAUUUUAAGACGUAAUAAGAGUCUUCUUAGGAAUUAUUUCUUAAAAAACUGAUCAAAAAACUAAAUGAAAAAUAUUCAUUAAAUAUUACAUUAAAUAUCUUAAUAAUACUAAAUUAUUAAUAACACUUAUUUUUUAUAUUAUUUUGUAUUUUUAAUCCCUUAAACUGAGGUUAAGAUUUAACUUAAAACAAUUAGUAAGAAAAUGUCGUAAGUAAUUGCAGAGUUUAAUUCAACGCCAGG